AUGUCAGCUGUCAAUGACACCAACUUCAACUCUGCAGUGUUCCUUCUCAGUGGGAUACCUGGGCUAGAAGACAUCCAUCUCUGGAUCUCUAUCCCCUUCUGCUUCAUAUAUGUUAUAUCCAUAGUAGGAAAUUCAGUCAUUCUGUUCAUUAUAAAAACAAAUCCAAGCCUCCAUGAACCCAUGUACAUUUUCCUUUCCAUGUUGGCCAUCACAGAUCUUGCCUUAUCGAUAUCCACCAUGCCGACGACCCUGGGUAUAUUCUUGCUUAACUCUAGAGAGAUCAGCCUUGAUGCCUGUCUUGCCCAGCUCUUCUUCAUCCACUUGCUUAAAUGCAUUGAAUCCUCUGUGCUCUUGUUGAUGGCCUUUGACCGCUUCAUCGCGAUCUAUGACCCGCUGAGAUAUGCCUCCAUCUUAACCCUGCCAAGAAUAAGCAAAAUGGGACUGAUAUUUGCGCUAAGAGGAGUGGCUGCGAUACUCCCACUCCCUUUUCUCCUUCAACGUUUCCGAUUCUGUCGAUCCAAUGUCCUCUCCCAUUGCUACUGCAUAAACCAGGACGUCAUGAAGCUGGCUUGUUCGGAUAUCAAAGUAAACAGCAUCUAUGGCUUGUCUCUUUCACUCUUGACGGUGGGACUGGACUCGCUGCUCAUCUUCCUCUCUUAUGUGAUGAUCCUCAAAACAGUGCUGAGCAUCACAUCCCACGCGGAGUGCCUCAGGGCCCUGAACACCUGCGUCUCCCACCUCUGCGCCGUCCUGCUCUUCUACACGCCAAUGACCGGCCUGUCUGUGAUACACAGAUUGGGGGAGGACUCUUCUCCCUUGCUUAAGAUUCUCCUGGGCUAUAUCUACAUGCUCGUCCCACCCCUGAUGAACCCAAUUGUGUACAGCGUGAAAAGCAAACACCUUCGUGCGAGGAUAAUCAGGGCCUCUGUUUAUAAUGCCAAGGGUAAGUUGGAAAUAACAGAGGAGGAGAAAGACCUGGAUCUAUUGGUCAUUCCCAGGAUGACUGUGAGCCACCGAUGUGAUGUGGCUGUGAACAAGGCAAAUGAGAUCCUAGAAUGUGUCAGAAAGAUGAAUUCAGACUGGAACAGUGUGGAGAAUGGCUCCUAG